GGGAGGGAGGUGUCUCCCAAACUUGGAGCGGGUCCAUUUGGGGCUAGUCCCGCCUGAGAGGCUGCGGGGCAGAGGGCUUCUGAGGAGACAUUUGGGGGCUUUGCGAGAAGGAGGGAAGGGUUUCGGGGGAAAGAAAGCAAAGACCAGAAAGUUGCCAAGUUUGCCUCGGGGCUCGGCGAGGAACAGCUGCGGAACAAGGCAGGAUGCGGCGCCUCGCCCUCUUGCUCUCUGCGGCGCUUCUGCUGCUGGCCCCCUCCGGCCAAGGACAAGACUUCGACUUGAGCGAUGCAUUUGAAGAUCCUGAGCCAACAAAGCAGCCUACUUCUCCUACCAAACGGCCACCACUAGAUGAUGGGUUUGACUUAGGAGAUGCCUUGAAUGAUGAUGAAUCACACAAGCCAGGUCCACCAGUGCCUCAACCAAAACCUGGAACUCAUGAUGACACAGGGGGAAUUAGUGAUGCAGAUUUAUAUGAGGGUGGGGUGCCUCCAGCUGACCCUCCAGCUGACUCUGGAUCAGGCCGUGCUUCUAAUCCCUCUGCAGGUGGACAUGGCUCAGGCUCCUCUGAAAAUGCAGAAGGUUCUCAAGGAAUGCUGGCUGGUAUUAUUAGUUCAGUAGUAGUGGCAAUAGCAGGAGCUGUAUCAAGCUUUAUAGCUUACCAGAAGAAAAAGCUCUGCUUCAAACAAAGUGAUCAAGAGAAUGUUAACAUGGAAAGCCAACAAGGAGCACAUGCUGAACCACCAGUUCAGCGUACACUCUUGCAGAAAUCAUAGUGGAAUUUAAGAUGAAGAGAAGACCAGCAUCUGGAUAGAGAAUCUACCUAUCUUCCUGCAAAAACAUGCAACACAUUUCAAGCAUGCAAAGUAGAAUUAAAAUAGUCCUGUUGAAACAUCUUUUGAAAAGAAGAAGGAUGUUUUUAACUAAUGAAAUUACAUGUCUCUCUGGUUUAUUCUUUAGAAACUCAAAGUUGCAUAUUGAUUAAUCAAUGGCUUGAAAACAUUUUAGUUGGAAAUCGUUGCUCUUGUCUGUAAUCUUAUUUUUCCUGUAAUGAUAACUUUAAAGGGGGACAUAAUUUUAAACUAUUGUGCCGGCCUGGCCACAUACUAGGGUUGCCAGGGGUGGAGCAUCCGCACGCCCCGCAACCCUAGUACGUAGUGGUGCCGUAAUCAUGGCGGCCUCCCAUAUACACAGGGGCCACCAUGGUUACGACACACACGCUCCACAUCGAAAUGGUGCAGCAUGUGCGCAAUGGCCUGGCAGCAGUGUGAGAAAGAGCUCCAAAUUGGAGCUGCUGGGUGCGCGCCUCAUUCUCACAGCCACCAAAUGGCUGUGGGAAUGAUGCUGGGGAGAAAGGGGCCGAGCAGACCCUUUCGCCCAUGGCUACGGCUCCCGGGGUGUCCAGGGGCAUGAAGCCCCAAGGACACCCCUUUUCCGCACCAUGGAGAAGCGGCAUUUUGCUGCUGCUCCAUGGUCUGCAAAAACUCCGGAUUGGGGCUGCCGAUGAGGCCUCCAACCUGGAACUAAAAGGGGCUGCCCCAAAGGGGCGGUAUGUACUACGCCUAAAUUAGAUAAAUUUCUUUGAGCAGGUAGAGCAUUGAGGCAGUUCCUCUACGUUGCAUGGAGGUGUGACACUGCAUCUUAUAAGCAUGCACAUGAAAUGUACACACAUAAACAUGUAUGCUACACCUUCUUUCAGGCCCCUUGUUUAUAAUAGGCCACUCUGUUGUUCGGAAUGGCAGUAAAUGCUUGACCUCAUUUCUGCUUCAAAUUCUCCUUCUCCCAAUAGGAGUACAUGGAACCAUCCUCUUAUACAGGAUGAGCUAAAUUAUGUAUCUGGGGCUAUCACUGGCAUCGUGCAAGCCAAUCUUAGGGCCCAAAAUCAAAUCUGGCUUUCCUGGUAUCCCAGUCCAGCCCUUUGCAGUUGUCCUGAUGACUAUGGUGCGUUACAGACGGCCCAGAAGGUGCAGUCUUGCGCCACUUCUGGUUGCUGCGUCCGGGAACCGCAGCAUCCAAACUGCGUGGUUCCCAGACGCAGCAAAGAAGGAGCGUGAAAAUCUUCGGCCGUGGAAGAGACACCGUGAGGUGCUAGUUGCGCACUCGCAGCGUCACUUCCGCCGCACGACGUGCGAACGCAGAGCGUCCACUACGUCAAAGUGGUGGCGGCUGUGUGGAACAGCCGCCGCCAUUUUGACGUCAUUACAUACAUGGGGCAAGGCGCGUCAGGAAGCGCCGCCCCUCGUGCAUAAUGAUGGCGCCUCAUGGGCCCGUCUGUAACGCACCUAUGAUUCCUUUUCUAUCUCACCAUUAUUUGGUAACUUCCCAGCUUUUGUACGUAUGUCUCCCACUGUAAAAGGAUGAAAUGCCUCUUUUAACACUUAGUUGUUAUAGUAAGAUGCAGCGGCCAGGUAAUUUGGAUUCCACUAUUUGGCCUUUGGCCAUGAACCCUCAUUGGAAUAUAACUUUUGGCAACAUACCCAAACAUGAAUUUGCCCCGGCAACCCCAGCCAUUAAGAAUAAUCUCUGAUUCCUUUUGCAUAGCCACAUCUAGUCUUUUUUAUUUUGGGGUCACAUUGAGAAUAUUUGGAAUAUGCCUAUAUAUGCAUCUGUUUGCAUUUCAAGGAAUAAUGAAGUUUACUGUUCAUUUUCAUUUUAAAGCAACUCUGACAUUGUAGCUUUGCCUUCCUAUGCAUUAUAGUAGGAAUUGAGGAUGCCGAAAUGCCUGCUGCCUUAGUUUCUAUCACUUGGGAAUGAUUUUCUUAAGGAAAGUCAUGACUUGUACGUGUUGCAUUUGGAGCCACGUUAUAUAUGUGCACACAGACACGCUGUUAAAACAUAGGUAUGGCAGUAUCUCCCCCCUUGUUUGGUAUAGUGGUUUGAGUGGUGGACAAGGAUUCAGAAGGCCAGGUUUUGAAUUUCCAUUCAACCAUGGAAACCCAAUGGGUGGCCUUGGGCAAGUCAUUCUUUGUCAUCUUCAAAGGAAGGCAGCACAGGGGUUGGACUGCAUGGCCCUUGUGGUCUCUUCCAACUCCAUAAUUCUGUGAUUCAAAGGAACACUUCCUUUGAACAAAUAUUGUCAAGAAAACCACAUGAUAGUUAGCCUUAAUGUCACCAUAAGUUGGAAACAACUUGAAGGCAUAUGAGAACACUCCUCCCAUUCCUUUUUCCUCUUCUUGUGAUAAUGCCAAUAAUACUGAGUUGUGUUGAAGCAAAAUAAUAAUAAUAAUAACAAUAGAGUUAAUAUAAUUGUCUCUCAAAACUGUGUGAUGGCAUGUGCCUCUGACUAUUGGACUUACCUCUGUUAUUCCUAAGUGCCCUGCCAGUUUGUUGCUUUGUAUUUACAAAAGUUAGACAUUCUUGUGAGUACUUCAUUAUUCUUUUUCAACAUACAGAUAACAAACCUCCAAUAAUGAGCUUUAUUUCUUCAUUUUCAGAUGCCUUUAAGCAGUGCCAUAAAGUGCCACCCUGAAGUGCCAUAAAGUAGCAAAUAACUGACCAGAACAGUGCAAACUAAGUAUUGCAUAUUAUUUUCUUCAUUGAGAAGAAAAGCCUUGGAGGUGGUCAUCAGGAACACUUACUUGUACUGUUUUCAUUAGAUGGAAUCCUUCUAAAAGAAUCCCCUUUUCCAUGCUUUCAUUUCCAAGAAUGGCUUCAGCCAAUGAAACUGUUAGUUUUUGGUAACUAGCUAAGCACUAUGUGGGUGUAAGCUAAAUCGCCUUGUCAUUCAGAAUGCAGUUGCUCUAUGCAUGGACUUCUGAAAUAAAAUAAAAUAUUGCGUAGCAAUUUCCUGUUUAAAUUUGAUAGAAGCUAGCAAGUGCCACAAGGAUCCUUAAAUUUGUCCUUUUUGCAUUACAGUAAUAUACUAAACUAAAGAUCAUUUUUUCAUCACAAUUUGUAAACUCUGCAAGACAUACAUUCUGCACCAAAUGUGUGUCUUAAUAAAUUCAGUGAGGAUAUUUGCAUUUUGAAGCAAGAUUACGCAUAAGGUGAUUGUGAAUUGCUUUUAUUAAGUGGCAAUAAUUUUUAUAUUGCUCAUUUUUGUAAUGCAGGAGUAAUGCUAAACUUCAGUAUAUAAGUGCUUCUGAUUUCUGAAGAUGUUCCUGGGUCAUUCCUGAACCAUUCCUGAAAGCUUUAGCUCAGGACAUACUUACAUUUUGUUACAAAAUCUUUGAGGCAUAUUUGGAAUGUGUGCCAAACAGCCCAAUCUGAUACAUACUAUACUUCAGUAUAUUUUACUUACAGGAUUGUAAAUGUACCGUAUGUUGUGUGUGUGUGUGUAAAUACACAAAAACAUGUGCAUGUGUUGUGCGCACACACACACAAUUAAUUUGUAUUUGGAAGUAAACUCCUUUGAAGGGAUUUGCUUCUGUAUAAACAUUCAUAUGAUUAGGCUGUUCAACUGUGUAAUGAAAAUCAUCAUCACAGUUCAUCCCAUGUUGUGUAUAUUAUGUGUAAGUAUAUCAAUAGCUGUUUGGAUGUGUUACAUUUUCAACUAGAGUUAUGGAACCUUGGAGUGUGAGAGCCAAACAUUUCGAAAUUAAGACCUAAUAAUUGUGAUUUCUUUUUUUUAAAAAAAAUAAACAAAUCUAAAACUGUC